CAAACACAAUCUGUUUGACGAGGAACAAAGGAGGAGGACAACUUAGCUUACUCCCUUUACCUGACAGAAAGAAGGAAAGAGUGAAGGAGGGAGUUGGGUGCUUUGAAGAGAGAAAUAGGGCACGAACAUACAACAGGAGCCUGUAAGUGCAAAGGGUUUAAAAAAGGGAAGCAUGACUACUAUGCAAGUGACGGUGCAAGGACCAAAGAAACGGUGCAGAGAGGACAGCUCACAUAGACAACUCACUUUGGAUAGGUGGGUGGACAGUACCGCGAGUGAGGAGGCCCCAAGCCCUCCCAAAAAACUGUCCCACUCCAUCGAGGAGAUCCUGAGGAAACCAAUCAAGGAGAUCCUGAGGACACCAACUGAGGAGAUCCUGAGAAAACCAACCAGAGUGGGAGAAGAGAGGCGAGAGGGGCUAGGUGGAUGGUCUGUUAACAGACAAAAUGAAGAAAACCCAAACCAGCAGGUAUAUACAGAAGGAACUGGUCAUAACAGGGUGCUGCCACAGCAUGGGCACAUCGUCACUGACUGGAAAGGUGACCACACUUCAUCUGACCAAAACACAAGAGUCACAAAACUACCCCCUAGAGAGUGUCACAUUGACCGCAUCUCCCUAGACUACAGUGGGGACUUCAGCAUCCACAGUAAGGAUAGUGGUCUUCAGGAGAGAGCAGGGCGAGAGGAGGGCCAGGACCAAGGAAGAGUCCAGUGGGAGAGGAACAGCUGCCACCCUCAUGUGCAGAGGAGGAGAAGGCAGACCAGGAUCAGCUUCCCUCCAAGUCAGGUGGAGGAGCUGGAGAAGGUGUUCCUGGAGACCCACUAUCCUGAUGUCCACAUAAGGGAUAAGCUGGCCUCUCGUCUGCAGCUCACUGAGGGAAGAGUACAGAUUUGGUUCCAGAACCGCAGAGCCAAAUGGAGGAAGACUGAGAUGCUAAUGGACUUAGAAAUGAUGGCCGGAGACCAGACACCUAUAUCCAAAGCUGGGUUUCUUUAUGAGGUUGAAGAGGCUAUCUCUCUGUUUCCACUGAAUGCCUCAUCAUCAUGGUAUGGGCCGUACCAACAACUACAAAACCUCCACUUCGGGGGGGUUCCAUUCCCUUUUCUACCCAUGUUGUCAGACCUGCAUCAUCAUCCCCUGAGCUCCCUCUGGACCCGACAUUUAUACUCUAUCCCAAGAGUCACUCUUAUUUGACACAUAAUGAACACAAAAU